GAUAUUUUCAACUUCGUUAAAUGAGUCUUAUUAAAUAAUUGGUUGUUAUAUUGCAAUAUUAUUAAAUGUUAAUAACGCGUACAUUUUUUUGAACAAUGGUGAAUAAAGAUUCUAUCGUACGUGAUGUGGAAUGGGCGAUUGGAAGCCACCGAAGACUUCUUCAAAUAAGUGGAUUAUGGAUGUAUCCAAAAAAAUGUCUAUGGUUCAAUGUACAGAUGAACAUUCAAACAAUUCUAUUUGCUUUAAGUAUAUUUGGAUUCGUUACUUAUCCACAAACAUCAGCGUUAUUAAAAGUGUGGGGAGAUGUUACUUUGAUUGGGGAUAACAUUAUGUCGAAUUUGCCAGUCACAAUUGCUGGAAUUAAGCUCAUCAAAUUAUGGACUAAAAAAAGAGUUCUAGUUUCAAUGAUUAACAAAAUGGAAAAUGACUGGUAUCAAGUAAACAAUGACACGGAACGAAAUGUCAUGAUCAAAUAUGCAAAAAUUCCAAAGAUAAUGUUAGUGUGUGGUUUGCUUAAUAUAACUACAAGUACGUUAUUCUAUCAUACUUUAUCAAACUUUUUUGGCAUUACUCUACGUGCUGUGUCUAAUAAUACUGAUAUAUAUGGAAAUAAAAUCCUUCCUCUUCAAUCUUUAUAUUUCUUUGAUAUACCGACAUCUUUUUGUUUUUAUCUUAUAUCAUGGAGUCAAUUAUUUGGCUCUUUGGUUGCCAGCCUUGUUUACACAACUUUUGAUAUAACGUUUGGCCUAUUUGUUUUGCACACAUGUGCUCAGUUGGAAAAUCUGGCUGGAAGAAUUCAAAUUAUUUCGAUUGACUCUCACUCAAAAUUUCGAAAAUAUUUAAAUUCAAUUGUUUCACAACAUUGUAGUUUAAUUAGCUUUGUAGAUCAAAUCGAAAGUAUCUUCAGUACAGUAUUACUUGGGUUGGUUAUAUCGUUUGGUAUACUUUUUAGUAUCUUAGGAUUUCAAAUAAUUGUCAGCAUGACAGAUAAGGAAGUAAAACUACCAAUUUUUCAAGCAAGUUUCUAUAUUUUAUUUAUGAAUUACUUUUUAUGUCUGAUGUUUAUUUAUUCAUGGGUUGGUGAAGCAUUGAUCAGAACAAGUGAAUCUAUCAAUACUGCAGUUUACAAUAGCAACUGGAUAUUGCUUACGGCAAAAGACCGAAUUCAAAUAGUACUUCUGUUACUACGAUCUCAGACAAAAUUAAACAUUACAAUUGGAAGCAUUGUUCCAGUUUCACUUGAUUCAUUCGCCAAAUUGAUAAAAACAUCUGCUGGAUAUAUCUCAAUGCUACUCGCUGCAAAAGAGUAACUUUAACUUUUCUCAAUAUAUGAUCAGUUGAAUCUUCACCAUAAUGUCCACAGGAGAAAUUUGUAGCUAAUUUAGAUGUACUUAGAGUUUGCUCAAUACAACUUUGCUGUACUAUGUUUCAACUUGUAUGCGUUGCAGAUAUCAUGAUAAAAGAAAAAAGAGUAUUUUUCUACACUUCACAAUGAAAUAGUUGAAAAAGAAUAAAUUUUACCGAUGAAAAUAGGUAAAGCCUAACAAUUGCAUGUUUACAGAAAAAAAGGAAACCAAGGAUAAUAAUUAAUUGAAUAUUCUUAAUUCUUUAUUAAAAAUUUCAAAACUGGGAAGCGUAUGAAUAUAAUAAAUAUUAGCAAAUAACCAUGAUUUCAUAACUGAAUAUUUCAUACAAUUAUUACUGCUUCAAUUAUUAGAUAAAUUGAAAUAAUACGUGAAUAAACGAU